AUGCGGCAGAAGUUAUCCAGAUAUCGCAAAAAGGUGCUGUUGCCGAGCACAGUGCUAAAGCCCAAUCCAAAUAGGUCAAAUCCCGUGAGGAAGCGUGGAAUCUUUGGCAACAACUCUCCGUUUUGUCACGCUGAAGUCUCAGGCACUGUCAACUUGGAGCAAACGAGUCACAUGGUGUCUAAAGGCUGUUCGAGCAAGACACCAAUCCUCGCAGGAUAUGGAACAGCGACGAAUGAAUGGAUUCUGUGUCAGGUGUUGCCUGUAGAUCGAGAAGGUUGGGCAGAAUUGUGUUUUAAGACGACACGCCUUGGCGAAGAAGCAGAUAACCACAGUCAGGCAAUGAUAACGUAA